UGGACCAGUAACAGUGGAUGCGGAUGGCACGAGGGCAAAGAUUAAUCAGCUGCACAUUAUUUAAAGGCCAUCAUAAGACAAAGUCCCAGAGUUGACUCUGUUUCAGCCACAGGAUGAGGCAGCUUAGAUGUUCUUGGAGCUCCUUGAAACCCCUAAUCAUCUUCAUCACACCACUGGCUUUGAUACCACUACCACUGCUCAUCAGAAAAAAGGAAGCAGAAUGUGCAUAUAUCCUAAUAGUAAUGGCUGUAUACUGGAUGACGGAGGUCUUGCCUCUGUCUGUGACAGCACUUCUCCCAGCGGUGCUUUUCCCUCUUUUUGGGAUCAUGAAGUCCUCACAGGUUGCAUCUGUAUAUUUCAAAGACUUCCACUUGCUGCUUCUUGGUGUCAUCUGUUUAGCAACAUCCAUUGAGAAAUGGGGUCUUCAUCGGAGAAUUGCCCUCAGAUUGGUGACUGGACUUGGAGUCAAUCCUGGCAUGUUGAUGCUCGGGUUCAUGGUUGGCUGUGCUUUCCUCUCGAUGUGGCUGAGCAACACCUCAACUGUGGCGAUGGUAAUGCCAAUCGUGGAGGCAGUGAUCCAGCAGGUUUUGAAUGCAAGUGAAGAGGCCAGCAAAGACCACAAGGGGGCGUUAAAUGGCAUCUCCAACCCUGCUCUUCAGCUUGAAGAUAUUGAGGCCCAGCAUGACCAAUCUGAGAAGAUAAAAAGCAUCGAAGCAGGGAUUACAGAGCCAGAUCAGACAGCUCCCGAAGAACCAGAAACUGUAAAGGCGCCUCCACCAUAUAAUGGAAAGUACAGGACCCGUGAAGAUCACAUGAUGUGCAAAGGCUUGUGUCUUUGCAUUGCUUACUCCUCCUCCAUUGGGGGGCUGACCACAUUAUCAGGAACAUCCACAAACCUCAUUUUUGCUGAAUACAUCUAUCAGUACUACCCAGAUUGCACCGUCAUUAAUUUUGGGAACUGGUUCGUGCUUUGUCUUCCCAUCUGCAUAAUUAUGCUGAUUUUGUCAUGGAUAUUCCUGCACUGGAUGUACCUCGGAUCCAACUUUCGUGCCAGUCUGUGCUCCAGACAGCGAUCCGAAAGGGAAAAACACACUGCCAAAGUGCUCCGGGAUCAGUACAACUCACUAGGGCCCAUAAGCUGGCAGGAGAUUAUCACCACGAUCAUCUUCAUUCUGAUGGCAAUUUUGUGGUUUACAAGAAACCCAGGUUUCAUGCCUGGCUGGUCAUCAUUGUUUCCCGAUUACCCAGGAUACGCUACGGAUGCCACUGUAGCGCUGUUGCUGGGUUUCAUAUUCUUCAUCAUCCCCGGACACAAACCAAAUGCAGAGCGCUAUGAGGCCUUGAUAACGUGGAAGGACUUCCAGGCCUGUAUGCCAUGGGAGAUCAGUCUGCUUGUGGGUGGUGGUUUCGCUUUGGCUGAAGGCACAAAGAUUUCUGGUUUAUCGACUUGGGUUGCUGAAUUGAUGACACCCUUGGGAAGUCUUCCUCCUUUAGCCACUGUCACCAUCGCCUGCCUUAUUGUCACCUCUAUCACAGAGGUGGCCAGCAAUGCUGCCACAACGACAAUCUUUUUGCCCAUACUGGCCCCCUUGGCUGAGGCAAUUGGAGUCAACCCUCUGUACAUGCUGAUUCCUACGGCCCUAUGUGUGUCCUUUUCAUUCCUGCUUCCGGUUUCUAAUCCUCCAAAUGCCAUUGUCUUCACAUAUGGUCACCUAACAAGCAUGGACAUGGUAAAGGCAGGUCUGGGCUUAAAUGUUAUAGGUGUUCUUACAGUCUUAUUAGCUCUUACGACAUGGGCAACACCUCUUCUCAACCUGGACACCUACCCGGACUGGGCACCGGUUGUAAACAGCACUGGAGUAUGACAUUUAUUACAAAUAUGGACAUUUAGUUUUCAAUUUACAUGGGACCCCUUAAUGUUGGCUGAAGUGUUGACAGUGGAAAGCCCACAAUCCACAUAUAUUACUUAUUUGGAUCACUCGGGAAGGAUUGUAUGACCAGCUUCGAUUAGGCAAUAUAACAGAACAUGUUAUAUACAAACAUGUUUGGUGUACAAUUCAAUAGUGAAGUUUUUAUACAAAUUGUAUUAUAUUAAAUAUAUUUCUUUAGCUUUAAGCAGAGUUUGCAUGACAGGUUUAGUCCCGUCAGUUAACAUAGCACUUAAUGUUUUAUAGAGUUUAUUGUUGUAUAUUUUUGUUAUAUGCUAGCCUUUAAAUAUGUAAAACAAAUUUCAACCAUGGUUGACAAUAAAGAUGUAUUGUAUAUACAGAUAAGUGAACUGUAUGAGCAGAAUGUCGAAAUUACAUUGUGAACAAAGGAGAUCUAAAGAGUAAAUAACAGACACAAUUUUCACGAAAAUACACAGUCUAACUUUCAACAUUGGUCACAAACCCGCACAUAACAGUAGCUAAAAAAUAAUAGAUAUUGGUUUUAGGCGCGUUACUCGGCUGUUUGUCUGGCAAAAAGUGAGCAUUUCUAGCCAAUGCUCCUAUUGAGCUUAAAAGGCAUCAGUCAUUUUAUAUUUUGAAUGGAAACUCAAUGACAAAUUUGGUUGACAUCCAUUCUUCAUUCUGUACAGUAUAUGCUUAAUGUAAAAUAUUUCUUGUUACGACUAAAACUGUGAGAUGGUUACUUUUUGUCUUGUGUGUUCUUUGUGUGUUCCACUGUUUUUGCAAGAAUAAAAAAAAAAACAUUUAAUAAACAUCUGGAACCAUUUACAGUC